CCUUCAGCCAGGCCAUGUCUAGUGAAACUAACGAAGUCAGCAUUAAUGUUGAAGACUUAUACAACCACUUAUUUUGGGGAUUUAUUCACUUAAUCUAAUAAACAGGGAAAGAAAUGAGACCGUUACUGAUCAGGUUUCUGAGGAAUCGAUAUUUGAUAGUGAUCUUCCUUAAUUCCUCCAAAUGCGACAUUGUGUUUAUUGACAUAGACUUAAGCUGUUAACGGAAGUGGAUACUAAAUCAUUGAUUUGUCAGUUAAGCUUAGAAGGUGAAGUUAAUUGUUUGAAUAUCAUAGGUGAAGUACGUAUGUUUUGGUGGUUUAUUGUUUGCAUGGCUCAGAGGAUAAUACGUAACAAACGAAUAAUUCAAAGGUGACGUUACACAACGAUGGUCGUUAAAAUUACCAAGGAGGAUGAAAGACUCUUGGAAGAAUACAGUCAAGCAGCUUCGAAAAGUUCUGAGAAGCUAGUUUACGUUAACGCAAUUAUGAUAUCUUCGAUUCCUAUCUGGUUAUUUUGGGGCGUUCACAAAAUGCCUCUGAUAGCUAAUUCAUUCUUGUAUGUAAUCAUUUCACUGGCCUCAACCUUCCUCAUAUCUAUCGCAUACAAAAAUUCAAAAACGCCUUUGAUGGAAAAGAUUGCUAUCCGUCGAACUGAAGCAAUUACCAAAGAAGUCAAUAACGAAGCUGGUAAAGACAAAAAGUUGUCGAAAAAGAACAGAGAGGAUGUUGUCCGUGAACGAACUAAAAAGGUUGCUGAUUACGAAUCUACGACUUUCUCAAUAUUUUACAAUAAUUGCCUAUUUCUCCUAGUCUUACUGUUACUUUCUGCCGUCCUUCAUCAUUUCUCGAAUCAAGUGAAUUACUCUGUAUCGAUGUUACUCGCUGCCGGCGCAACUGCUUUCUUGUCUUCCGGGAAAGGAUCAUUUUGAUUCCAUUAGUAAUAUACGCUUUUCGAAAUGCUUGCCUUCUAAAGUCGAUUGUGAAAGUAAUUUGAUCAAUGUUAGUAAAAGUUUCAUUAAUGUUGUGUAUAUGUAAAUUAUCAGGAUUUCAUUGCAUUGGAAUUAUGUUUUGUUGCGUUCUAAAACUCACGUCGUUUGCAAAACAUACGUAGAUUUUUCGAAAAGAGACGGUUUGGUUUGCAUACAUCCCAGUGAUCUGCGUUUUUCGCAAAUCUACCACAUAGGUCUUUACAUAUAGUUUUAGAAAAAAAGGAACUACAACACAAUAAAUCUCAUAAUUCUAAAAGCAGAAGUAAAUCAGAAGUGAGGUCUUAAAACGAAAUCAGUAUGUGGUAAUACAGAGAGUUAAAUCAGGACAGAGGAAGCGAUGGUCUCAUGUCAUCUGACCUGUAUACGUGAAUCACAGUUUUUUUGGCAGAUCUCAACUUAGAAACACACCUCCCACCUCUUAGACCGAUAACCAAUAACUUUAUAGAUCCCAUAUCUAGGUUCGGAACAUACCUCUUAGUUCAAUAACAAUGAGUAAUCACGUUGAAAAUUGUGGUUGAAUCUCACAGUAAUGAUCUGGAGUCAUUGCGAUAUAUGCUACUUUCACGUAGUUUUUUUGCUUAUGCAGUGUAGUUCCUAAUCUUUUAUUAAUAUGACUUGUAAUACUGCUUCAGUAUUCACCCUAAUGAUUUGAAAUCUUUAAAUUGAUGUAAUAUGGAAACUUGGUCCAAAGCCCUUGUACUAAGUUCUACUUUGGUUAUAACCACACAGGUUUAGACAAAAUAAUGAGGUAUGUUGAAGACUUUCUGCGGUCCGAAAACCUAAAGACUCCAUAGUUUGUUAUAAAAGUUUCAUUCUUUUAAAAGUAUGCAAAUGAUGGCCUACAGAUCCUUUUAGUGUAUGGGAUCAAUCUUAACGCUGACUUACUUGGGGUUGUAGAGGCGUAAUUUUUGUCGUCUUCUAGUAAAUACUAAGGCUCGGUCUUUUGACCCGUUUGUAAAUUUGGUAAAAUCAUUUGUGUAAACGGCUAUUCACAAGCUACCUUCCCUGUGCUCUAAUUUUUCAUCUUGAAAUAUCAAGGUUCUGGGUCAUCAAUUAACAGUAUUAGAUUAUUUAAGAGAGGAAACGAGCAACGAGACAAAGUAGACGGUCUUCGUAACAAUGCACAGUGCGUACUUUUGUAGAUGCACCCCUUUUUAACACAGAAUGUAGUAACUUUGAAUUUUCGAAUCGCAGUGCAGUGGUCUCAGAUGCCAUAUUUUGCGACAGGUUACUAAAGGAAAUGUCAGGUAAUACAUGAAUAACCUAACAAAAGGUAUUCUGGAUUUCAAAAGUAACGAAGAAUGAAUACGACUACAAUAGUGUGUAUGGUUUGUACACAUUCACACUUUUCGACCGAUGGUCUUUAGAAUUCUUAUAAUUUUAAACUGGAGUCCAAAAUCGUCCAGACUAAUAAUUUGAUUUGUUCAAAACAUUACGCAAAGUUACUACAAAAUUUG